AUGUCGGACAAAGCUCAGAAGCGCAUCGAGGCCAUUGGCAAUCAGCUCCUCCCUCCAAUCAGCAAGGUAGCUCCAGGAUCCAGCAAGCUACGCGUCGAGGGCAAGGUCAUCAUCAUCACAGGCGCCAAUUCACCACUGGGCAUCGGUCGCGCCACAGCCCACCAGUACGCAGAGAGCGGAGCACGCGCCCUGUAUCUCUGUGACUUCAAUGAUACACAUCUGGAGACUCACAAGCAAGAGAUCACCGCCGCAUUCCCCAAGGUAGAGGUCCACGUUCGCCGCUUCGAUGCCGCAGACGAGUCAAAGGUCAAGGAGGUGGUCCAAGAUGCGAUUGGACGCUACGGCCGCUUGGAUGUCUUCUUUGCCAACGCAGGCGUCGUCGGCAGGACUACAUUGUUUACAGAGUUUGGAGAUGAGGAGUUCAUGUCUAUACUCAAGACAAACACUCUAAGCGUCUUCCUGGCUGCGAAGCACGCCGCACCGGCCAUGCAAAAGACAUCUGCCGAGAAGCCCCGGCCUGGAGGCAGCAUCAUUGGCACGGCUUCCGUCGCCGGCAUCCGCUCCAACGCCGGUUCCACUCCCUACUCCGCCUCCAAGGCCGCGGUAGUGUCCCUUGCGCAGACGAUAUCGUUCCAGCUCGCGGGGACGGGCGUGCGCAUCAACGCCAUCUGCCCCGGCCUCAUCGAAACGGGCAUGACGGCCGAGGUCUACCAGGCGGCCAGGGCACGGGGCAACGAGAAGAAGAUUGGGCAGCUGAAUCCAACCAAGAGAGGUGGCCACGCGGACGAGAUUGCCCGGGUCGCCCUCUUCCUGGGUAGUGAUGAGAGCAGUUACGUUAACGGACAGGCAUGGGCCGUCGACGGAGGAUUGAGCGCGGGACAUCCCUUUGUGCCAGGAAAGCUGGGCUAG